AUGGUAGAGAAGAAGAAACCGGAGGAACCCAAGAAGGAGGAGGACAAGCCGGAGGCCGACAAGCCGCCGCCGGCGGAAGGCGGGAAAAAGGAGGAAAAGAAAUCAGAGGAGCCCAAGUCGGAGGAGAAGGCUGCGGCGGUGCCUCCCUUGCCGCCGGAGAUUGUGCUCAAGGUUUACAUGCAUUGCGAGGGCUGCGCUAGGAAAGUCCGCCGCUGUCUCAAGGGAUUUGAAGGUGUUGAGGAUGUAAUAACAGAUUGCAAGGCGAGCAGAGUGGUUGUGAGAGGCGAAAAAGCAGAUCCGGUGAAGGUUUUGGAUAGGGUUCAGAGGAAAAGCCACCGCCAAGUUGAGCUUAUCUCUCCGAUCCCUAAGCCUCCGCCGCCUGAGGAGCCUAAGAAAACCGGAGUUAAAGAUGUGCCCAAAGCCGAUGAUAAAAAACCGGAGCCUGCAGUGGUUACAGUGGUGUUGGGAGUGUACAUGCACUGUGAAGCUUGUGCUCAAGAAAUCAAAAAGCGCAUUCUCAAAAUGAAAGGAGUCGAGAGCGUGGAGCCCGAACUCAAGAGCUCGCAAGUCAAAGUGAAGGGCACAAUAGAACCCGAGAAGCUCGUCGACCACGUCUACAAGCGGACGGGGAAACAUGCGACAGUCGUAAAAGUCGAGCCCGAGAAGAAGAAAGAAGAUGAGAAGCCCAAGGAAGGGAAAGAGGACAAGAAGUCCGAAGAGGGCGAAAAGGGCAAGAAGGAGGCCGAGAAGGAGGCCGCCAAGACGGCCGGAGGAGGUGGCGGCGAACAGCUGUCUCCGGUGGAGGCUGAGGAGGACUCGAAGCUUGAACUAAGGAAGAAUGAGUCGAACUAUUGCUACCCACAACAGCAAAAUCACCAGUUCUACCCACAGUUUUACCCACCACAGAGGUUUGUGCAGGAAACCUAUUCAUACCCACCACAGAUGUUUAGUGAUGAGAAUCCCAAUGCGUGUACCGUUAUGUAA